GCUACUGCUGUUUCGCUCAGAAUCAUGGGCCAUCAUCGAAAGCAGGAUAAAGUUAGCGGAGCGAAGCACUCCUUAAAUCCGGACCGUCCCAAACAGCCAAAAGGUAGCACAAUGCGUACCAAGGCCACUAUCAAGCGAUUGAACAUGUAUCGGAAUUUCAAAGCAAAAAGAGAUAAAACGGGCAAGAUUAUUAGACCGGCCCCUUUUCAGUCUACUCUUCCAUCUGGCUCAGUAUCGCGCGUGGAACCGAACAGGCGAUGGUUUGGGAACACUCGAGUGAUCAGCCAAGAUGCCCUGCAAAAAUUUAAAGAGGCCAUGAAAACUAAAAAUCCCUACGAAAUUAUAUUGCGGCAGACUAAACUUCCAGUAUCUCUUUUGGAUGAGAAAAAAAUCAAAACAAAACCGGCCAUCCUGUCCUCAGAGUCUUACUCCUAUACCUUUGGAAGUAAAGCACAAAGAAAACGCCCCGUUUUACCUUGCGAAGAUCUAACCUCACUGGCUCACCGCGCCGAAUCGGUGCAACAUUUGUAUGAUUCCGCACAAGAUCGGCACUGCUUACGUGACGACGACGGUGUGCGUACGUUGGUGAGUCAACCUCAGUUCAAAGCUGGAAAAUCCAAACGACUGUGGAAUGAGCUUUUCAAAGUGCUAGAUUCUUCGGAUGUUGUUCUCUACGUGCUCGAUGCUCGCGAUCCAAUGGGCACUCGGUCCUCCUACAUUGAGAAUUAUUUGAGAACAGAGAAGCCACAUAAACAUUUCAUUUUCGUCUUGAAUAAGAUUGACCUCGUUCCGGUUUGGAUCACAGUACGUUUUAGCUCACUCACUUGGCUUGGCUUUUAA